AUGAGCGAAGAGAUGUUUGGGCAAACCGGAAUGUCCUCGGGCGGAUUAAACAACAUGAACAACAUGAACAACAUGAACAAUGAUCUGGCGAAGCAAAUGUCGCUGCUCACUGCUGCGGGACGACUACGUGCGACUUCUGCGAGCGGACAGCAACAACAAGCGAUGCGUAACGGAAUGGCUCCCCCCGUACCACCCAAUGUACCGGGCGACAAGCAACGCGCACAGUUUCUCGCCAUGCUUACUCAGGUCCUGGCGCAGCGCGGCAUUGCACUGCCUCCGUUUGUCAGCGGCCAGCCCAACCCCGCCUAUAGCCCCGACACCGGUCCACUCAAGAACGUCCAGCCUGCGUCCGACAACAGACUCGGUGCCCUGCGGCUGCCCGGGGCAGUCCCUGGACGCACCGGGGACAUCGACUUGUUCAAGCUCUGGAGUGCAGUCACGGGUGCGGGUGGCAUGCAGCGAAUCCAAGCUGGAGGCCAGUGGGAUGCUGUUGCGAAUCAUAUCGGAUUCCAGCAGUCGCCCCAAGUCCCAGGGCAGCUCCCUCAGCUCUACUUUCUUGUGCUCGCGCCACUCGAGGAGCAUAUGAAGCGUACUGCACAAGCAAAGCAAGCCCAGAUGCUCGCUCAACAGCAACAACAGCAACAGCAACAGAAUUUAACGCCCGCUCAGCUACACCAGCAACAACAACAGGGCAUGGGUGUCACUGGCAUGCAGAACCCCGGUAUGGUCAACCCUGCUCUCGGGGCCAUGCAAAACUCGGCUCUCGGAGGCAUGCAAAACUCCAUGCAGAACAACAUGGGCAACCCUGCGCUCGGGGCAAUGCAGAACCCUGCACUGGGCGCUGCUGGCCUGGGUGUGGCCAGUAUGGCAAACCCCGCAUUGAACGGGAUGCAAAACCCCGCCGCGGCGCUUGGAGGAAUGCAGAAUCCAGCGGCCGCACUAGGGGGCAUGCAAAAUCCCGCGGCGCUUGGGGGCAUGCAGAACCCUACGAUCGGAGGCGUGAUGCAGAACAACCUCGCUGGCGGGGUCAUGCAGAACAACUUGACUGGGCUCGGAGCGAUGCAGAUGACUCCGGCGCAAAUGCACCAGCAACAAAACCAGCAGCCGCCACUUACGCCCGCUCAGAUGCACGCUAUGCAAAAUCCUGCUUCGAAUGGUCCAAAUCCGGGUCUGGGUGUUGGAGUUGGAGUCGGGGUCGGUCAUGGUGUUGGAGGACCAAGCGGGAGCACGAUGCCCCCACCUGCGCCUGUCCCUGUCGAGUUGGGCGGGAAGAGGAAGAGCGAACCGGACGAGGACGAGAAAAGGGCCAAGCUUAAAGUCGGAGAUCCGGCACCUGCUGCUGCCACUCGUCGCACUAAAAUCGAAUAUGUUCCCCUACGGCUGGACGUUGAGACAUGGGGUGGACGUGCUUUGGAUGGGAUGAUGGCUGGCAUUGGUGCUCAGGGGAGCAUGGAAAAGAAUAUAAGAGAGAUAGCCGAGCUUGGUACUGUCGAUAUCACAUCCAUAACCCUCUCCCUCCGAGCUCGCACCCCCCGUUCACUCGGCUAUGCACUUGGAAUACUCUCCACACUCUCCUCCCAUGUACAACAAAGCUUCCCCCUCAUACGAUGCGAAGAUCUAUUGGAUGUUCUCGUUGAGCUCUUGGAGAGCGCAGCGCUAGAGGGAGAUGGGUGGUUGGGCGGUCCGCUGGGAUCCGAACGAGAAGUGGUCCAGAACCGUAUUAAGCACGAAGACGAUGCGCCCGUCAAGCAAGAGGACGGGGGAGCAGAAUUAUGGGAUGAGCAAGACGAAGAGGUCCCCAUCCGAACCCACCGCGAACUCGUCAGGAUCGCGGCCGAGGCAGGUGUUGGUUUGAGAGCUCGGGGACGAGGGUGGGACGGGGGUGCGGUUGGGAGCGACAUGAGUGUGAAGCGUGAAGAUGACUUGCUGGCCGACGACAUUGAGCCCGACUUGACUUCGAAUUAUGGAGAUGUCGCUCCGCCCGGUCUGGUGCGCUCGGAUGUGAUCAUCACGAUUGUCCGCCUGCUCCGUAACUUUUCGAUCGGGCCGGAUAAUUGUCAGUUCAUGGCGAGGGACGGGUCAAGAGUUGUAGACGUCCUGGCGAAUAUUAUUGGGUUCCGAGAAGGCAAGGAAACCCAAACUGAUGGGCUGUUCGCAUGGGAUAGCGGGGUCGAUAUCUCCAUUUCGCCUGUUGCGUCCCCUCUCAAUCUUUCUCAGCUCCUCCGAGUACGAAAAGACGUAUUACACAUUAUCGCCAACCUCGGGUUGCACCUACGACUAAACCCAUCCAGCCCCACACCCCAGAAACUAUUCGAACUAAUGGCUUCCUUCCUCUUGGACCCAACCGACACACGACCUCCGGUCCAACUAUAUCAACACCUCUUGCCCAACCGACGAUUCUCCCUCUCGACCGAAAUAGCACUCGACGCGCUCUCCAGGAUCGCACAUGCCGACGCCAAUCGGGCAGUAUUCCAGCGCACUGUCUCCCCGCCGCUCUUGAAAGCGGUAUUCAUGGCCCUGACCAAGAUGCUGCCCUCCGAACAGAAUGACAUGUUCCUCCUCAUUCGGUUCGAAUCGUGGAUGGCGUACGCCGAGAGAGUUUCGCUCGGGCUGUACGCUCUGGCAUGCUCGCUGUCUCCUUCUACGCGCGCCGACAUUCGGACGAACCACCGUGCGCUGGGAUCGUCCGUGCUGCGCAUGAUGUGCCGUAUGGCGCAGUACGAUCCUUCCUCGGAAAAGACGAACACGCCGUGGGCGCAGCGGUCUCCGUUUGUAUGCCUUGUUCGCAGGGUCGUGGAGGCUCUGAGAAUCAUAGACGAUCUCGAGGAGGAAGUUCAAGUUGGCUGGCCUGUGAGAGGAGGGAAGCUCGAAGGUGCCAAAGGGAGCGGCUGGUUGUCGGGUAUUGGGUCCGACGAUGCGUUGAUGAUGAUGAGCAUCGAGGGCUUGGAUAAUGUCUUGUUUGAGGAUCUGGAGAUGUUGACCCGGGUCGGGAAGUUUGGAAAAAGCAACAGUUUGAAUAUUGCUUAUUUGGGCAACUUUGCCGUCAAACGCCAUCCACUACCCAUACGCACAUAUACGUGGAGUAUCAAAAUUAAACAAUUGAAUUCAGCCCACAAACGCUAUAGCUAUCAACUUAGACUUUCCAUUUCGUUACGGGGCGGGAGCAAACUGCAAACUAUUUUACAUAUUUCGGCACUCCUUGCGGCCGGCUUGAUGUAUGUCGCCCUUGCAACGAUCUGCGUGGCAGUGCUCAGGGUAACUGCGGAGGAUAAACGAGAAGAACCCUUCAUGAUUCCUCCACAACGACCGUCUACACGAAAGAAAUGCGACGAAACAAGGCCAGUGUGCCAACGGUGCAAGCAGGGCAAGUUCAAGUGUUUAGGAUAUGCCUACUUGGACUCGCUUGAGUCGCUCCACAACUCCCUCACUUCCAGGACAAAGAGAUUGGCGGAGACCCCACUAUUUUCGUAUCAACCGAUGCUAUUGCCAUCCUCCGACGCCCAAGGACUUCCACCAAGCGCCAAAUCAUCUCCGGCCCCAUUAACACCUGUCAAUCACCCUCAGGCAUUGAUAGCCCAUCCUGUCAAACCUCCAGAACGUAGAAGGUCGGAACUGGUGACGGCGGCCGUAACGCCCACCGGCUCUUGUGAACGGCAGCAUUCCGAAAGCAUUCCACGAAUAUUACGCCUGGAAUCUGAGCAUAUAAACAAGGUCGUCGAAUUGGUUCUGUCCCAAAACGCUGCAGUCGCCCGACGUGCGUACCGCUCCGAUUUACUGAGAUGGUGCAUGUACCUUGGUGCCCAGAUUACACAGAUGCUGCUGGAUGGUUUGGGUCGAAAAAACUAUCUCGAUAUAAUUCGCCGUUUUCAUCAACAGAUCGUUUCAAACUCGCCCUUGGUCGUGAACUCUGACCCCACAACGCGCCUCAGUGGAGCCCUGGAUCUGUGCCUUUACGCGUGUAUGGUAUCUAAUAGUGCGGCAGGCUAUUCAAUCUUCAGGAACACCACGCCGCUAUGGUAUCAGCUUGCCGCCAACUUUCCUCUCGUUUGGUCACACGGCUCCACUGUAUCCCUUGCCUAUGCGAUCUCCGUUCCCAGAUAUGAGUUAUCCAAAUUCAUACUCUGGGAUAUUAUCUGUGCGCUCGCUUUUGGUACCCCUUCUAUCCUUCAAUACGAUACAACUUGCCAGCCGAUGAACGUGCACAAGAGCUACUUGGAAUGGGUGUACGGUUGUCCUUUGCCGUUUAUCGUUUUGCUUGCCAAGAUCAAUGCCUCACAUAAUCGUCCUCUUGUUCUUCGUGACCAGCACGAGAUUGAAAUGCAUUUGAAGCAAUGGGACUCAAAGUCUACAUAUCCGGAUAAAGAUUCAUGCAAGACUGUUGCGAGGCUCGCGGUACAAGAAUCCUGGAGGCAGGCCAUCUAUAUUUAUUUGUAUAUGGGUAUGUGCAACGCUGACUCGGCAGAUCCGCGUGUCGAGGCUGCUGUUCGACAGAUUUUCCUAUUAUCUAGCACAGUUCAAAGUACAAACCCAUUAGGGAUACAUCUUUUUGCACCGUGCUUCAUUGCCAGCGUAGCUGCUCGAGCGGAAAAUCACCGUGCCAUGCUUAGGAGCCGAAUAUAUGCGUACCGAGAGGCAAAUUCGUGGAUCCUCACGGGAGCUGACUUUGUUCCUGUGUUUGAUCACUUGUGGCGUGGAGCUGCCCGUGACGGCCGGCCAGUCACUUGGGAUGAUUACGCUUCGUCAACGAAACCGAAGCGUCUUCCCGGCCCGGCUGGAACGAGUUGCCUGACUUGUAAACGUCGGCGUAAAAAAUGUGACCAGGGCCGUCCAACAUGCCAAAAGUGCGUUGAGGGUGGUUACGAUUGUCUAGGAUACGAUCAUAUUCAGCAACGAAAAGCUGCCAAAUCGAACUCAGCAACCAGUCAUCAUGGGUAUAUGGAAGGACACUCUCGGCCACUUGCCAGCGUCAAUAAGAAUGAAGGUAGUAGUAUUGGGGAUAGCGAUCAACUAGCGGUCAGCUUCGCCUUGCGACCUCAGAAUACCCCAUUUGGUGGAUAUUAUGAAGCUCCCUUUUACGAACCUGCUGGAUGCAGCCCUUCAACAGAAGCCUCAUCUGAUUCAACUCCUAUCCACUCGUCCCUGGUGACUGUAAACAAUUCCCCUUGGAAUGCAUUGUCCUCGCCAUUAUUUGAUUCGCCGGCCGACCCCGAAGAAACCAAUGCCGAACCAUCGCACCUAUCUAAUUUAUAUAGACUGAACUUUCUGGUUGGCGCUCAAACUGCACAGAGGUUAUCACCCCUGUCCCUAGGCGAGAGACAUUCAAUUAAUUAUGUCCUAAAUCUGUUCGAACGAGUCUUUGACUCGGUCUACUUCAAACCUAGGGACCAUCAUGCAACAUUACUUCGGAGUGUGAUUGUUAAUCGCAUACAGGCAUCGAGUAUUACUCGAUGUGCUGUCGUUUUGGCUGCCAAGAUGGUCGAAUCUAUGCUUAAUGGGAAUUCUAGCAACAACCGCAUAACGUUCAAGGAAUCCGUCCACAGAUUCGAGAAUCAUCUUCAUGCAGUAAAGGCUGGGCGUCUAAACCAACAAGAAAUUCAGUAUCUACUUAAUGGUUUCCUGGAGGUUGCCUUCCUGAAAAUGAGGGUAUCAAACGGGUACAAUGCCUACAGGCUACUUCGCAACGCGGCCCCCACGUUCCUGGAAAUCGUGUACUCAGACCCUGGACUAUGGCCCGACCCAAGUGGGCCUCCUGCGGUUUGCAUGUCCAAAGUAAUCACCUCGACCCGAUUUGAGCUCGGUCAUUUUGCUCUUAUGGAUGUACUCUGUUCUAUGGCGUAUGGACUACCCCAAGUGGUAGACUACGAGACCGCCACCCUGAGUCCUGAAGCAGAAAUCCACCCCAUCGAAUGGGUUCAUGGUUGUCCGCUUGAGUUUCAGAUUUGCAUCGCCUUGAUGAACGACCGCUGUACAAAAAGCUAUGUGGCCCCCGACUGGCAAAUGAUCGAGCAUCGCUUACAGUCCUACAAAGUACGACUGACCCUUGUGGACCAGACAGAGUCUUGGAGGAACAUAGCAAGACUAGCAGUUGUGGAGAGUUGGCGCCAAGCAUUAUUGAUUUACUUGUAUAUGGCAGUCUGUGGGAUUUCAUCUAACGACAUUCGAGUUCAGUCGGCGGUACGACAAAUAUUUCAGCUGUUUAAAACAGUCAAAAGGCAGGAGCCUCCAAAAGUUAACGUCCAUUUUAUGUUCCAAUAUCUCAUAGCUGGAGCGUGUACGCGCAACGAAACGCAAAGAGCAUUGGUGAGAGAAAGACUCUUGGAUUCGUUCGACAAUGAGUGCUGGCUACUGCCGGGCAGUGAUAUGGUGCCAGUCUUAGAUCACCUGUGGCACGGUGCAGCAGCCAACGGUCGGCCGUUCAAGUGGAGCGAUUACAUCACUUCAAGACAAUAG